AUGGCAAAAAUUCCACCGCGUGAUCUAUCGCCUUUUAUGCAGGCAUUUAGAAACUUCCUAUUAGGGAGAAAGCAUACUAAUGCCUUAAGAUUUGAACCAUAUUUGGCGGCCAGGACGCAGCCACCGCCGCAAAUUCCUGAUGGACCCUCACACAAACAUGCUCACAAUUACUACCUUAGCCGUGAUGCUCGCCGAGAAGUUAUGCCACCCCUAGAUAUAUCAGCUAAGUUGCUUACAGCGGGCUCAGAAAAGGGCGAAGCAAAAACAGCUACCACUGUGAGGCCUACACCUGGUAAAAUAUUUCACUGGGACAAACAUUAUUAG